AUGACUUACAAUCGCCCCCUGCCCAUUUCCGGAGUGUGGGAACACCCUGAUGCUUAUAUUGAGGCCCUGCUCUGCUUCUCUACUACGUCGGUGCUCUUCAUGAAUUUAUGCGGUGGCGUGCAUAUGGUUGACUUUCUGAUCCGGGAGCCCGAUCUUUAUACAACAAUCCUGCCAAAAGAUUGGAUAUCUUUCUUUGAACAGCAUGAUAUUCAAAAUAUCAUCCAUCUACUCCUACGAGAGGACAUCGAGCACUUACGAGGCGCCGGCGGGCCUUCCAUAGAUCAAAGCAGCCGUACUUGGAAUGGAGGAGCGUUUCCUCCACAGAGUCUGUUAGACUAUAUAUUCAACAUCCGUCAACUGUCACUCCAACGAGAAAUGUGUAUCUCAUCUUCGAAGCGGAUCGAAUUACCAAAGCAAGUUGCUAUGCAUAUGAACCGAAAAAAAGUACACGAGGUUGAAUGCUUUUCUCAACAUGUCGCAUCUUUAUCAGACGCUGUCAAUAAGCGCCGCGGUGAGCCAGUCACUCAUAUUGUGGACUUUGGGUCUGGACAGAACUAUCUUGGACGGACACUGGCUAGCCCGCCUUACUAUAAGCAUAUCAUCGCAAUUGAGCGCAAGCAUCAGUACAUUAGCGGUGCCAAGAGUAUGGAUGUUCGAGCCAAGUUGGCAAAGAACCCGAAUGCUCAAUAUGUUCACAAGAACAAAAGUCCUUGCGAUGGUUACAACGGAGCUCCAGAAGUGACUGUGUUUGAAACGACGGAUACCUCCCAACCGAUGACAGAAGGCUCGCAGGUCUCAGAUGUCCCUUUUUUCGAGAUGCUGGGUAAAAUUAGCCUUCAACCUGACGAGCUACUUGGAUCCCCCACACAAAGCCCAUUGCGAGAAAAGCUGCCGAAGCCAGAGAUCCAUACCCGCGGUACUCUCAGUUAUAUCGAGCAUGAAAUCCAAGAUGGAUACUUAGAGCCCGUUAUCGACCACAUCAUCCAUCCAUCCCCUGCUGCAACUUCGGAUGGGAAAGAAAAAGAAGAGAGCGAUGCUAGAUUGAUGGUCGUUUCUCUUCACUCUUGCGGAAACCUUGUUCACCACGGUCUACGGUCCCUGAUCCUAAACCCUUCAAUUGUGGCUGUUGCUAUGAUCGGUUGCUGCUACAAUUUGUUGACGGAACGCCUCGGUCCAAACACACAUGACCUCCCUAUUCUUCAAUCCCUCCACCCUCGACUGAAAGAAACUGGAACAUCAUAUGAUCCGCACGGAUUCCCCAUGUCUAAAUACUACGAGAAUUUCCGAAGUCCCGGAGCAACGACAGGCAUGAAGCUUAACAUCACAGCUCGUGCACUGGCCGUGCAGGCUCCAUACAAUUGGGGCGUCAGUGACAGUGAAGUUUCCUUUACCCGUCACUUCUUCCGUGCUCUUCUUCAGCGUAUUCUCGUUGAUCGAAACGUCCUUCCUAAGCCCUCUGCGCUAGAAGAUAACUUCUCUGAUGGAACUUGCUCAGAAGCUAAAACCAACUCUAUUAUUCUCGGAGCAUUGCCGAAAGCCUCUUUCAAGUCCUUUACUGCAUAUGUUCGUGCUGCAACGAUCAAGAUGAGUCGAGACCCGAUUUAUGGUUCCAAGGUGCAGGAGCAUAUUGCUACCCUGACUGAUGAGGAGAUUGACUGCUACGAGGCUCAGUACCUCCACACGAGGAAACAUAUGAGUGUUGUGUGGAGCUUAAUGGCGUUCAGUGCGCAGCUCGUCGAGGCUAUCAUUGUCGUGGAUCGAUGGCAAUUCCUUCGGGAACAGGACUCGGUCAAAGACUGUUGGGUUCAGUCGGUGUUUGACUACAGUGAGAGCCCGCGUAACCUGGCGGUCAUUGGACUAAAAAAGUGA